GUGAUUAUUAGCUUUGGUUGUUGUUCGGAAGGAGAUAGUGCGAUUCAGGUAGAGGCCGAUGAGUGAACUAAAGUCGUCGUAAUGCUAUUUGCUGCGAGAUUGAGAAAUUUCAUCUGAUGCAGCUCAAAGUGUUCCUCUGAGAAGGGCAAGGGUAAGAGUUUUGGAGUAUUUGGCUGGGUUUAAUGACCAGACGGAUCACCUGUAUUUCUCUUUCCAUUCAAACCACAUAAAUAGUCGACUCAGAUUUCAGCCGGUUGUUCUAAGUAAAAUAAUGUCAGACCAAUUAAUGGGCUGGUGAAGGGUUGGUCCUUAUUCUGCACACUUUUGGAAAUAGAGGAAGGCGUUGUUGGUCAAGCAUUAUGCAAGAAAGUUUGACUGCCGAGUAUAAGAUUCCUGAAGAAGAUUGGUUUUCAACCAAUCCUUCAUCUUUGUCUCACCAUUCUCGAAUUAUACGGAAUAUACUUGAGAAACUUAAUGGAGUGCAAUUAGAAACAUUUAGAUCUUCCUGUUUCGGGCAUUUGUUGUCAAUCACGGAAAUGGUGUUCAGUUGUCAGCUAAUUCAUGCAUUACGGCUAAGGCAGAUUAAAAGUGACAUGAAAGAUGGACUGAAGUUUUUCAUUGGAGAUAGCAUCACUUCAUUCUGCGAGCAUGAUUUUUCUCUAGUCACUGGCCUUAAAUGUGGUGAGUUUCCACAAAGAGUCGAGGUUGAACCCAGUGCCAUACCGCUGAAGGAAAAGUACUUUCGAAACCUUAAGUCGAUUCCCUUUACGUCAUUGGAAGACUCAUUUUCUGAAUGCGAAGUGGCAGAUGACAGUUUGAAGUUGGCACUGGUUUUAUUUGCGGAGGGUGUCUUGAAUGGGCGAGAGAAAUAUAAGCCAAUAGAAAUGCAGUUUCUUAUGUUAGUGGAGAACCUUCCUGAGUUUAACAACUACCCGUGGGGGUCUUUCUCAUGGAAUCACACUUUUGAAUGCCUACGUGAAGAUUUAGUUAGUGGAGUCAGAUAUUCUCUUAAGGGGUUUCCUCCAGCAUUCCAGGUUUGGGCUUAUGAAGUCAUUCCUGACUUGAUGCAAUACAAGCUGUGUUGCAAGAUCAAUACUACUAAUUCUUAUCCAAGGAUCAUUACCUGGACGACACCCAGGGGGAAACCAACGAUGGACAAACUUGCAAAAAUAUUUGAAAAAGAUCCCCGACUAGAGUUGUUUCACUGAUGGCCACAGAAAUAGAGAAACAACAAUCAUGGUGGACUUUUGGUGAAUUACAACUGUUGUCCUGGGGAGCAAAACGAAUGAAGCCAAAUGUAUCAAGCCGACAAUUGUUGAAGGAGAACUGAGAUCCAAGAUGGAAUACAUGUUAAAGGAGCUACGUGUCAUGAAGAAACAGAUUAAAAUCUUAAAGAAAGGUAGUCGAAACUCAGGAUCCAGUGUUCACAAUGAAAAGAUUCGCUCAAGAAACCGUAGGAAUCUGAAAAAAAGAGAGGCAAAGACCGCAAAUCUCGCUCGUCACUAACCAGAAAGGGCAAUUCCAAAGGUGGUAAUUCACAUGUCAGGAAAUCCUCUACUGGUGAUGAUGAUACUCAUGAAGGCGAUAAUCCUUGGAACAAGGAUGAAAUCUGGAAUAAUGCGGACAAGGACAAUUCAGACCAUGGCCAUGCAUCCUCUCCGGUAGAUUAUCCGCUAAAGGCAACUGAGGAGGAUGCCCUUGAUAUCGAUGUGGCUCUGGAAGAGAACAUAUGUCAUAUUGAUGCAGAGGACACACCUGACUUUGGGAAUGGUGAUGAUAUGAACAUGGUAGCUUCAAUGUGCAAAUCACUUGAGGAGAAUAUCGAAACUAACAAACUGAUUGAAAUGCUUGGGUUAGUUGAUAAAUGCGAGCAGUUAUAUGCUCUAAACAAUAAAUCACAUCACGAUUGAAAGAAUCUCUUGUCGAUCCCAAAGCUUUAAAUAUAGAGAAUGUUCUUUUCAAUGUAGAGCUGGUGGAAGUAUCAGAUAUUGUCACAAACGGGGAUAGUGGGGAGAGUCUAUUUAUUGAAGAUGAUAGUGAA